UUUUGAUUCACUUGUAGUAAGUCAAAAGAUUCCAUGCGCUUUGAAUAAACCUCUCUGACCCAUGUGCGUCAGGAAGGACAGAAGAGAAGAAGAAUGCGCUAUUGACGUCAUGAGCUCGCCUCUGAUCUGAAUGGUAUCAUGGCUUCUCCUCAACAUCAACAUCUGCUGUUUCACAACAGCGAAGUAAGCUGCGACUCCAGCGGCGAUGGUGCUGUGUCUGUGCGGAUCAGCGGCACCAAGCUGCACAAACAGCAGCGUGGGAGUCUGGGCGCCAGCGCCAUGUGCAGCAUCAUUGGGGGCUCCAAACAUUGCAAGUACAGCAUCUCCUCCAGCUGUAGCUCAGGCGAAACUGCCAUCCGCAAAGCAGUGGUCAAAGGCUUCCGGACUCAAAGGAAGAUGCCGCAGCUGUUUGAGAGGUCGGCUGGACACUUCUGGAACCCCAAGUUUGACUCCAACAUUCUGGAGGAAGCCUGCCGCGAGCGUUGCUUCCCUCAGACGCAAAGACGUUUCCGCUGUGUGUUGUUGUACUUGGUGGCAGCCAGCCUCCUCUGGGGGCUGUUCUUCAUCGUUAAUGCUAAUCGAUGUGAACGAACUGCCUUCUUAUUGCCCACAGCCUCCUUCCUACUCCUUUGUUCUGUCCUGUUUGUCUUCACGUUCACCCGGUUCUACGUCCACUGCUACAAUCAAGCCUCACUGUUGCUCAUCGUGGUGACAUUUGCCCUCACUCUUGCACCUCAGAUCCAGACUCCAGGAUUUAGUGACUUUAAUGUUCCUCCUUUGAAGGAUGAAGAGGAUACAGGCAACUUCAGUAGCACUGAGGAUAAAAACCUGACGUCUGAAGUUGCCCACAGUGGAGGUCCAGUAGCCCCUUGUUUGUCCCCAGUUGGCACCUUCUCUUUAGGCAUGGAGGUGCUUUCGUUGCUCUACAGUUUCCUCCACGUCCGUUUGUACGCUUCGCUCCUGCUCGGCCUGCUCUACUCAGUGCUUUUUGAGACGCUUGGCUGGAUGCACUUGAUUCAAGGCAAUGGUUGGAGAAACUCCACCGAGGAACAUUUGGAAACGCUCUACUGGCUGAUCCCUGGAAGAGCCAUUUUGCAUCUCUGCGCCCACGUCAUUGGCAUCCACCUUUUUAUUAUGUCCGAAGUGCGUUCACGCAGCACGUUCCUCAAGGUCGGCCAAGCCAUCAUGCAUGGGAAAGACUUGGAGGUGGAAAAGGCCCUGAAGGAGCGGAUGAUCCACUCGGUGAUGCCUCGUAGGGUGGCCGAUGAGCUCAUGAAGCAGGGCGACGACGACAGUGACUAUUCGGUUAAGCGCUACUCGACGGGAUCGGCUAUUGCAGGCGCCUCCAGUCCUAAGAGCACCAAACGCAAGAAGACGUCGAUUCCUCGGGGUCAGAUCAUCUUUCGGCCGUUUAACAUGAAACGCAUGGAGCCGGUCAGCAUCCUGUUCGCGGACAUUGUGGGAUUCACCAAGAUGAGCGCCAACAAGUCGGCGCACGCCCUGGUGGGACUCCUCAAUGACUUAUUUGGACGCUUCGAUCGCCUGUGCGAGCUCGCGUGUUGCGAGAAGAUCAGCACGCUGGGAGACUGUUACUAUUGCGUGGCUGGUUGUCCCGAACCACGAGAGGACCACGCCUACUGUUGCAUAGAGAUGGGGCUUGGGAUGAUCCAGGCCAUUGAGCAGUUCUGUCAAGAAAAAAAGGAGAUGGUGAACAUGCGUGUUGGCGUCCACACGGGCACCGUGCUUUGCGGGAUCCUCGGCAUGAAGCGGUUUAAAUUCGACGUCUGGUCCAAUGAUGUCAACCUAGCCAAUCUCAUGGAGCAGUUGGGUGUCGCCGGGAAGGUUCACCUUUCGGAGGCCACAGACAAGUUCUUGGAUGACCGGUACUUGCGAGAAGAUGGCCGAGUCCCAGAAAGGAUUGGACCAAGUGUGGUUGCAGAUCAGCUUAAAGGUCUUAAGACGUAUCUGAUAUCCGGGAGGAAGGUGACGCACGCCCAGUGGAGCUGCCCUCCAUCUGCUGUGGUGGCUCCUGAGCUCAGAAAGUCUCUGAGCACCUCGUCCUUCAGCCACAGCCCUGACGUCACAUCCUCCGCCUGCGCUCUGACCCCUGCCCCGGACAGAGCUAAGUCUGCCCGUCCCUCGUGUGGCGCGUUAGCUUCUGAGGACGGGGCGGUUCACAGCAACAGCUGCUCAGAUCCUGAUCACAAAACCAUCAACAGCAAGAGGUCGCCUGGCAGGAGUCCCAAGACUCUUAAUGGCCUGUUAAGCCCUCAUCUGGAGCAGCCGCUGACCCACAGCCAGACCUCUCUGUGUGAGAUGCUGCAGGAGAAGGAGAAGAAGUGGCCCGGAGGAGGAGGAGGAGGAGGAGGAGGCAUCAGCAGCAUGGGAACCAUGGACCACUCCGCCCUCAUCCCACUGCGCUCCAAAAACUUCCGCGAGAGGAGCGACGCUCACUUCGUGGACGUGAUAAAGGAGGACAGUCUGAUGAAAGAUUACUUCUUCAAACCGCCCAUCAACAAGUUGAGCCACACUUUCAUAGACAAAUCCCUGGAGUCGUCUUACAGGACCAGCUACCAGGAUGAGGUUAAGACACAGACUCCUGUCCAGACAUUUGCCAGUCCAACGUUCAGCUCCUUCUUAGACAUGCUCCUGUGCUGUUGUGUUCUCCUGGCUCUCUCUGUGGCCUGCUUCCUGCGACCACUGGUUACCCAGCAGCCCCUGCCCACACCUGCCCUUAUAGUGGCCGCAGUUGCAGCUGUGCUUGAAUGUUUGGCACUAGUGCUGGCAAUACGAAGAGCCUUUUACCUGGACAGCGUUCUGAACUGCACCAGGACCCUCCUCUGGGCCAUUUCCGGCUGGGUUCCCCGUCACAUGAUCGGAGCAGUGCUGGUGUCUUUACCUGCCGUGGCUGUGUUUUCUCAUAUCACCUGCAAUAUGCAUGACUCCAUACAGUUCACCAUGUUCACCUGCUGUGCUGUCAUAAUUGCCAUCAUCCAGUACAGCAAUUUCUGCCAGCUCAGUUUCUGGAUGCGUUCAAGCCUGGCGACACUAGCGGGACUCACCUUUCUCAGUGUGCUCUGGAGCCCCCCUUGCAGCACUUGGGAACGUUUAUUUUUGAGAUCCAGUGACUUCAACAGCAGCUUUAAUGACGUCCAGUCCCCUGCCGAAGAUUCAAUCCGACCGCAGGACCUGCUCGGCCCGGAAGCUUUGGUUGCCUUUUUCCUGUUGCUCCUCCUCGUUUGGUUCCUCAACCGCGAGUUCGAGGUGAGCUACCGUCUACACUACCACGGCAACGUGGAAGCAGACCAGCACCGCAUCAAGAUCCAGAACAUGCGGGACCAGGCCGACUGGCUCCUGCGCAACAUCAUCCCGAUCCACGUGGCCGAGCAGCUGAAGGUGACCCAGAGCUACUCGAAGAACCACGACAACGUGGGCGUCAUCUUCGCCAGCAUCGUCAACUUCAGCGAGUUCUACGAAGAGAGCUACGAAGGCGGGAAGGAGUGCUACCGCGUCCUGAACGAACUCAUCGGGGACUUCGACGAACUCUUGCGCAAAUCCGACUUUUCCAAUAUCGAGAAGAUCAAGACGAUUGGCGCCACCUACAUGGCGGCGUCGGGGCUCAAUACGCAACAGUGUAGCGAUCAAGCCCAUCCGCACGCUCACCUGCGAGCGCUUUUCGAAUUUUCUUUGGAAAUGAUGCGCGUUGUGGACGAUUUUAAUAAAAACAUGCUUGGCUUUAAAUUCAAGUUGCGAAUCGGGUUCAACCACGGACCUCUUACCGCUGGAGUCAUCGGCACCACCAAGCUACUCUACGACAUCUGGGGCGACACGGUGAACAUCGCCAGCCGGAUGGACACAACUGGCGUGGAGUGUCGCGUUCAGGUUAGCGAGGAGAGCUACUGCGUGCUCAGUGGAAUGAACUACGAAUUCGACUACCGCGGUACUGUCAACGUGAAGGGCAAGGGUCAAAUGAAGACCUACCUUUACCCGAAGAGCUCAGACAGCGGACCUGUACCUCAAUACCAGCUCUCGGUCUCUCCGGAAAUCCGAGCGCAGGUGGAUGGCAGCAUCGGACGCUCGCCCACCGAUGAGAUCGCCAAUAUGGUCCCAGCGGCCAAUGCUAGUAGAGUAGGCAUGUCAUUCUCUGUGAGCUCAGGACUUACCGGACAGGGUUUCACUGGUAGAGACUUUCCCCAGAAGGCUGGAAGCAAUGGUACGUCCAAGACUCAACGAUCUGCGUCUGUUGUUGGCCUGACUUGCAUACCGGAAACCAGCUUGAGAGCAAGUCCAGCGGUUUUCGGUAAACCACCGGACCCGACUUUGACCUCUCCUCCUGUCCGGGCAGAAAACACAGAAGCCGUUGCAAAAAUGGAGGGAGAAAUAGCGUAUAUGGGCGAAAUGACAAAACUUUGACUUGAAACAAGCCAACAUUGUUGUCGCUGUUGAAUUUAACCCUUUAAACACAGGCUCUCCGUUGAGUUUGUAGGGAUUGGCAUGUUUAGGGAUGUAUGCUAGCGUAGAUUUAAAUCCGUGUAUGUGGAAAGUUUAAGCACACCACCUUGAAGUGUUUAUAGCGCUAGCUGAACCAGGAGAUACUUUCACAUCUGGAUGGCGGUGCUGGACCGUAAAAACUCAGAGGAGCCACAGGAACCAUUUCUACAUGGGAUAAGAAAUGCUGAGGAGAUGCAUUGGGACGGCACAGACCUGAAGUCCCAUCCUUAAGUAGACCGCAGUUAUUCCUGCUAAUUUCAUUUCGAAUAUUAUUUCCUUCUAGCUCUUACUACUGUCUGCCUUUCGUGAACGGUUUUCUUUUAAUGAAGUGCCUUUAGGAUGAUAUCAAUAUGUGUGAGGCAUUUUAAAAAAAGGAUUCUCAAUCAAAUCUUUAGCUGAAGAUCUUAAGGAUUUAGCAUGUAAAUUUGACGUUGGAAAGCGCUGUAAUUUUUGUGAAAGUAUUUGAUAUAUUUUGGAAUAUUUGUAGAUAUUUUUGAGUUCUCUCUGUUGGACGUUCAUCAAUCAGUAUUCAACACAAUUUUACGAAGCCAAACUCUAUAUUGCGAUGAUUGUUGUUUUAAAAAAGACCCAAGAUAAAACCAUCGCGUUGAAUGGUGCAUGGCCUAAAGUGUCUGUGAAGAAGUAUUAGCGAAAUGUAGAGCAAGCUAUGGGCUAAAAUCAUCUACAAUCAACAAUAUCAAACAUUUCUACACUGUUUUAUAUUAAUGCAUGUAUUCCUAACUGUCUGAUUAUGGCCUUUCUGUCUCUUUUUUCCGUGAUUUUUCCUGUUGCUCUGCACUUUGCAGCUAAAUGCUUGAUUGGCUGACCAACACCUGAAUUUCAGAUGAGAUCUAACAGUGAGUCCUAAUACGACGUGGCAACUUUG